AUGAUCGCCCUUCUCAUUGGUCCGGUCGGUAUAUUGAACGGGCCAAUGGAAACUGCGGUUUCAGGUCGCCAUAGAGACCGAUGCUGUUAAGUGUGAGAGGGCCUGGAAAAGGUGUGGAGUGAGGGUGAACCAGGUGUCUCUAGCUUUGGGCGCCGGAGGCAAUGGGCAGAAGUACAGAGGGAUUCCCGGAAGGGGUUCUUUAAUCUGGCGCAGUUUUUGCUUCGCCUUCCCGUCAGCUCCAGCUAUGAAAGAUAUGGAAAACAUGAAUAAAAGAGACUGACCAUUCAUGACAAUGCAGGAAAACAAUAGCUCAGAUAAUCUGGUAUUUCAUCUGAAAAGUGGAAUGAGAAGCAUUAAGUAUAAACCAGUAGACUAUCAGCAAAUGCAUGCAUUAACUGAAGAAAAAAAAUUAGCUGCUGCCUCUACAGAGCUCAAGAUCAGAAAAGCAGUGCAGACUUCAAAGGUAUCUAAGGAACAAACACUAAUGAAAAAACACAGGCAAGUGUGGUGGCAGGAACACCAAAGGCUGAACGAAGUCAGGUGUAAAAUGGAAUCUGAAAUAAAAUCUUUUCUCAAUGAAGAGAACCUCGGAAAUGAGUGUCUUUCUGAUCUUAGGAAUUUUGAACAAGAGUUAUCAGAACAGUGGUGCAUAUAUCUUAAAAAUGUGAUAAAUCCUAUUCAGCAAUUGAGAGAAGAUCUAAAAUACAGACAGCAUCUCAGUCCACAGCAUUCACACUCACAUACUGAGUUUAACUCAGUGAAAGUACUGGAAGAGGUUGACUUUGUGAAGAAACAAUCAAAAGCUGUCUUUGAAGGACUUAGCCUGGAGCAACAGAAAUUCGAAAAUGAUCUUUCAGACUGGAGUAAUAAAAUCCUAGAUCAUUAUUCAGAAGAAAGGAGUAACUUGCUGAGUGAACUGCCUGUGGAAUUGGAAGCUUUGGAAUGCCCAGACCCUGAUUUGAAAUCUUCUAUUUUUAAGGAGUUCUGUAACUUUACAGAGAAAUAUCAAAAGAAACUUCACGAAUUUAAUCUGCAGUUAGAAGACAUAUACAGAAACUUCCAAUUAAGUGAAGAAGAUCACUGGAUUUACCAAUGUGUUUUGGAUCAGUAUCCUGGAGAUCUUUGUGGCAGAAGGACUCUGUAUCUUGACAUGUUACAAAGAUAUUUUCCUCACAAAUCUAGGCAUGCUUUGGUUGAACAUGAGAAAUGUUGUCACCAAUACCGCUUCACUAGGGAGCAACGAAGAAUCCUGAUAUCAAACUGGAAUAAGAAUAGGAGAGAUUUUAUACAGAAGGCUGUGCUGACACUUGCUGAAGCCUGUGCAACUUAUGAAAUGGAGAACACAUUGGCUAAGGAUAGAAAAAAGCAACAGGACCUGUGUGCUGACCUGAAAGCUAAGGUGGACUUCCAGCCAAGAUGGAGGCAUAGGUAGAUACACUUUGCCUCCUUGCACAAUCAAAUGAAG